UAAUUUGACUAAGGCUAUUGUCUUAUCCUCACCAUCCCCGGGUCAGAUAACCGACCAAUCAGAGUUCAUAUAAUCGCUUGUCUUGCCAGCUUAGAAUAAUAUUAUUAAAACGGCGAGCCCGGUCUCUGGUAGUAGGUUAUGUUGAAACGGCAAAGAAAAGGUGGAGGAGGACGGUGAGGGAGCAGCAACUUUCUCUCUUUUCUCAACAACUUUAGGAGGAUUUGUCGCCUGGGGUUUUGCAUGGCUGAGCGGACUUGAGUUUACUCCUCAACACACAGUUGGAUAUAACCUUUAACCCUGGGCUGUUUAAAGUUUAAGCCUUUUUGGGACCUUUUUGUCGCCCGUGGACUUAAUGCGUUUUGAUUUAACGUGAGAUUGAGCGGCGAGACGUGGAAGUGAGGGCACAAUAUAAUCAGUAUUGAUUUGCGUUGUCGCCAUGUCCAUGCUUCCGACGUUUGGUUUUACGCAGGAGCAAGUGGCGUGUGUCUGCGAAGUCCUCCAACAAGGGGGGAACAUCGAGCGGCUGGGACGCUUCCUCUGGUCCCUGCCGGCGUGCGAGCACCUCCACAAGAAUGAGAGCGUUCUCAAAGCGAAAGCCGUCGUUGCCUUUCAUCGGGGUAACUUCCGAGAGCUCUACAAGAUCCUAGAGAGCCACCAGUUCUCUCCGCACAACCACCCGAAGCUGCAGCAGCUGUGGCUCAAAGCGCACUACAUCGAGGCGGAGAAGCUGAGAGGCCGUCCGCUCGGCGCAGUGGGGAAGUACCGCGUCAGGAGAAAGUUCCCCCUGCCCCGCUCUAUCUGGGACGGAGAGGAGACGAGCUAUUGCUUCAAGGAGAAGAGCAGGAGCGUCCUGCGGGAGUGGUACACCCACAAUCCUUACCCGUCCCCGCGGGAGAAACGAGAGCUGGCUGAGGCCACGGGACUCACCACCACGCAGGUCAGCAACUGGUUCAAAAACCGACGGCAGCGAGACCGGGCAGCGGAAGCGAAGGAGAGAGAAAACAAUGAGAACUCCAACAGCAACAGCCACAACCCAUUAUCUUCCUCCAUGAAUGGAAAUAAAUCUCUUUUGGGGAGUUCUGACGACGAUAAGAGCCCAUCGGGAACGCCGGAUCACACGUCACACAGCCCGGCUCUGCUACUCGGCUCUAACGCCGGUUUACAGUCCCUCCACGGCCUCGCGCCCCCGCCUGGACCCAGCGCCAUACCGGUACCAGGCGGUGUGGACUCGGUGCACCACCACCAUUCUUUGCACCAUGACACCAUACUGAACCCUAUGUCAUCUAAUCUAGUGGACCUUGGCUCUUAAAAGAACCGGCACAGAAGAGAGACAGAAAGUAUCUUUUGAUGGAUGAUACAUUUUCGAGGUCGUGUGAGGCAAGCUUCAAGCAUUUACGGUAAAAAGGUGCAACGCAGUCGGACUUGAACACUGCGAAAAACGGCCAUCAUAACAAAUCAUUUAGCCUCAUAUUCAACCUCUAAAGUCGUUUUUUACAAAUGGGGGAAGUCUAAAACCCCACUUAUCUCCAAAUGAAACUUGUUCCUGGAAACAAAUCUCAAGGAAGAGCACUUCAGGCAUUUCCCUAACAUAUGCCUACUCCUUACAGGAACCUUUCUCUCAAAUAUUGGCAUAUUUUUUCUUCAAUUCUCGUAAUGGAAAUAAAAUCAAACAGGUUAUAAAGAAGGAUCAUUUUGCAGUGGUGGUGCAGACACAAUGUGAGGCUUAUGUAGGUCGUUUUAAUACCUAAAAAAGAGGAAAAUGUAUUUUACAGGAAUGUAACGUAACAUGUUAUAUUGUUGAAAACAAUAACAAUAAAAUGUCUUAGUUCUUAUUACUA